CAGUAACGAUAUCUCUCCACUUUAAUGACAUUCGUUCCGCGUGGCGUGGCGAGCGUGCGUCCCUCACGAAGAGUCGCAGCUGAUCGUUUCGCCGUCACGGACGGUGUUUAUCUGUCGCGAGUAUAUUGCUUUAAUUUUUCCUCUCCCCCCCCUUCGCUCCACCGUCGGCAUUUUCGCGGCAACCGCGGCAGUUCCUCGAAGAGGAUUGCUUGUGCGUGUGUGACGUCCUCGUUCUCGUCGUCGUUGUCAUCGUCGUCGUUCUGUGUCAGUGCCAUAUGUACCUCGCGCGGUGUGGACGGCGAUCGAGAUGUGGGUGAAGCCGCAAGAAGUGCUGCUCGCCAAUGCGUUCUGGAUUACUGAACAGGCGACUGUAUAUUUUGUACUACAACGUCGUAAAGGACAUGGAAAAACGAAAGGUCUUACCUCCAUAUUGGUGGGCACAUUGGACAGCGUUUUCGACACCAAAC